AUGAGCGGCGCGGCGCCCGGCCCCGGCUCGGGCUCCUCCCCGGCCGCCUGCCGCUUCGCGCACUACUUCGUGCUCUGCGGGAUCGACGCAGACAGUGGGCUGGAGCCCGACGAGCUGGCGGUUUUGUACCAAUGGCUAGAAGCAGAUCGUCAUGGCAAGAGCCAAGAUGCUGCAAAUACGACUUCAGGUGAAAAUUUUGACCAGAGUCCUUUGAGAAGAACAUUCAAAUCCAAAGUUCUGGCCCACUAUCCUGAGAAUAUAGAAUGGAAUCCUUUCGAUCAAGAUGCAGUGAACAUGUUGUGCAUGCCUAAAGGGCUGUCUUUCAGAACUCAAACUGACAAUAAAGACCCUCAGUUCCACUCAUUUAUAAUUACCCGGGAAGAUGGUUCUCGUACCUAUGGUUUUGUUCUCACUUUUUAUGAAGAAGUUACCAGUAAGCAGAUCUGCACAGCAAUGCAGACGCUCUACCAGAUGCACAACGCAGAGCAUUAUAGCAGCGUGUAUGCCUCAUCCUCCUGCAGCAUGGAUUCGCUGGCAAGCAGUACUGACGAAGGAGAUACAACUUCCCUUUUGAAACUCCAGCGCUACAACUCCUAUGACAUCAGCAGAGACACCCUGUAUGUUUCAAAAAGUAUAUGUUUGAUCACACCACUGCCUUUCAUGCAGGCCUGCAAAAAAUUCCUCAUCCAGCUUUACAAGGCAGUUACCUCACAGCAGCCGCCACCCUUGCCGCUUGAGAGCUACAUCCAUAACAUUCUUUAUGAAGUACCCCUUCCACCUCCGGGGAGAUCGCUGAAAUUUUAUGGUGUUUAUGAACCUGUCAUCUGCCAGAGACCUGGGCCCAAUGAACUUCCCCUCUCCGAUUACCCUCUUCGAGAGGCCUUCGAGCUUCUGGGAUUAGAGAACCUGGUGCAGGUGUUUACCUGUGUUCUUUUAGAGAUGCAGAUUCUUCUCUACUCACAAGAUUAUCAACGCUUGAUGACUGUGGCGGAAGGCAUCACCACACUUUUGUUCCCAUUUCAAUGGCAGCAUGUUUAUGUGCCCAUCCUCCCUGCUUCUCUGCUACAUUUUCUUGAUGCUCCUGUCCCUUAUCUGAUGGGCCUUCAGUCAAAAGAAGGAACUGACCGUUCUAAACUAGAACUUCCUCAAGAGGCUAAUUUGUGUUUUGUGGAUAUUGACAACCAUUUUAUUGAAUUGCCUGAAGAGUUUCCACAGUUCCCCAAUAAGGUGGAUUUUAUCCAGGAACUCUCUGAAGUGCUUCUUCAAUUUGGUAUCCCUCCUGAGGGCAGUCUCCAUUGCAGUGAGAGUGCCACAAAACUGAAGAAUCUGGUUCUUAAGGACUUGGUCAAUGACAAGAAGAAUGGCAAUGUCUCCACUCAUAACAUCAGCAUGUAUGAGUUACUGAAGGGCAAUGAAACCAUAGCCCGCCUCCAAGCUCUAGCCAAGCGGACUGGUGUGACCGUGGAAAAAAUGGACCUCUCUGCCUCUCUGAGUGAAAAAGAAAAGGAUUUAAAGCUGCAGUGUGAAGAGGCUGAGCUAAGGGACUACCAGCUCAAUGUGCAGCUCCGCGAGGUCUUUGCCAACCGCUUCACACAGAUGUUUGCAGAUUACGAAGCAUUUGUGAUUCAGACUGCCCAGGACAUGGAGUCCUGGCUUACCAACCGAGAACAGAUGCAGAACUUUGACAAAGCUUCCUUUCUGUCUGACCAGCCUGAGCCUUACCUGCCAUUUCUUUCACGCUUCAUUGAAACACAGAUGUUUGCUACCUUUAUUGAUAAUAAAAUUAUGUCUCAGUGGGAAGAGAAAGAUUCUUUGCUACGGGUCUUUGACUCUCGGAUUGAGAAGAUAAGACUGUAUAAUGUAAGGGCACCCACCUUGAGGACAUCUAUCUAUCAGAAAUGCAGCACUUUAAAAGAAGCAGCCCAAUCAAUUGAGCAGCGACUAAUGAAAAUGGAUCACACUGCAAUCCACCCACAUCUGCUUGAUAUGAAAAUUGGUCAAGGCAAAUAUGAGCAAGGGUUCUUUCCAAAGCUACAGUCUGAUGUCUUGGCAACAGGACCAACUAAUAACAAUCGCUGGGUGAGUCGGAGCGCCACGGCGCAGCGCAGGAAAGACCGCCUUCGCCAACAUUCCGAGCACAUUGGAUUGGACAACGACCUGAGGGAGAAAUAUAUGCAAGAGGCGCGAAGUUUAGGAAAAAACCUGAGGCAACCCAAAUUGUCAGACCUUUCUCCUGCAGUGAUUGCACAGACCAACUGCAAAUUUGUAGAAGGCUUAUUAAAAGAAUGUAGAAUGAAGACAAAACGCAUGUUGGUGGAGAAGAUGGGACAUGAAGCAGUGGAACUGGGCCAUGGAGAAGCAAACAUAACAGGCUUGGAGGAGAACACCUUGAUCGCCAGUCUCUGUGACCUGCUGGAAAGGAUAUGGAGCCACGGCUUGCAGAUUAAGCAGGGGAAGUCAGCUUUGUGGUCACAUUUAAUUCAGUUUCAGGACAGAGAAGAGAAACAAGAGCAUCUUGCAGAAUCACCAGUUGCCCUUGGACCAGAAAGAAGAAAAUCUGACUCAGGAGUUAUGUUGCCAACACUCAGGGUCUCUCUUAUCCAAGACAUGAGGCAUAUUCAAAACAUGAGUGAGAUCAAGACUGACGUCGGACGAGCUCGGGCAUGGAUAAGACUGUCUCUAGAAAAGAAGCUCUUGUCCCAGCAUCUCAAGCAGUUGCUCUCCAACCAGCCACUCACCAAGAAGCUUUAUAAGCGUUAUGCUUUUCUACGGUGUGAAGAAGAAAGAGAGCAGUUUCUUUACCAUCUUCUUUCCCUCAAUGCUGUUGACUACUUCUGCUUCACCAGUGUGUUCACCACUAUCAUGAUUCCCUAUAGGUCAGUGAUUAUCCCCAUCAAAAAGCUGAGCAAUGCAAUCAUCACAUCGAAUCCUUGGAUCUGUGUAUCAGGGGAGCUAGGAGACACGGGAGUAAUGCAGAUUCCAAAAAAUCUCCUUGAAAUGACUUUUGAGUGCCAGAACUUGGGGAAGCUGACCACUGUUCAGAUUGGUCACGAUAACUCAGGACUGUUAGCCAAAUGGCUAGUGGAUUGUGUCAUGGUCAGAAAUGAGAUCACAGGACAUACUUACAGGUUCCCAUGUGGACGAUGGUUAGGGAAAGGCAUUGAUGAUGGAAGCCUGGAGAGAAUCCUUAUUGGGGAAUUAAUGACCUCAGUGGCUGAUGAGGAUCUGGUAAAGCAGUGUCGGACUCCACCCCAGCAGAAAUCCCCCACCUCAGCUCGGAGACUGAGCAUCACUUCACUGACAGGAAAAACCACCAAACCCAAUGCUGGACAGAUCCAAGAAGGAAUUGGGGAAGCUGUAAACAAUAUUGUGAAGCAUUUUCAUAAACCUGAAAAAGAGAGAGGAAGCCUCACGGUGUUGCUGUGUGGAGAAAAUGGCCUGGUUGUGGCACUUGAACAAGUCUUCCACCAUGGCUUCAAAUCUGCCCGCAUCUUUCACAAGAAUGUCUUCAUCUGGGACUUCAUAGAGAAAGCGGUUGCUUAUUUUGAAACCACUGACCAGAUUCUAGACAAUGAAGACGAUGUCCUUAUUCAGAAAUCAUCCUGCAAAACCUUCUGCCACUAUGUAAAUGCUAUUAAUACUGCACCCAGGAACAUUGGAAAGGACGGCAAAUUCCAGAUUUUAGUUUGCCUUGGAACACGGGAUCGCCUGCUCCCACAGUGGAUCCCACUCUUGGCCGAAUGUCCUGCCAUUACCCGAAUGUAUGAGGAGAGUGCCCUCCUGCGAGACCGCAUGACUGUCAACUCUCUCAUCCGCAUUCUGCAGACCAUUCAGGACUUCACCAUAGUCUUGGAAGGAUCACUCAUCAAAGGAGUGGAUGUGUAA